CAUUCCUCUCCCUCCCUCUCUCUCGCUCCCCCCCGCAGACGGCAGCAGCGAGCUGUAUUGGGAGACCCGUUAGUUACUUUGUUCUGAUGCAGGCAGCGAGCGGAGCAGCGGCUUGGAGCCCGGGGACAGGCAGCGGGCAGCCGGCGCCGGAGGCAGCGGCCAGCCCGGACCACCCUGAGCCCAGCGCGGCCAACCGGCGCAAGGAACCGGAGCGGCGGGACUCGCGGAAACGGCGAGAGAGGAAGCGGCUGCUGGAGAUAAACAUGGGGGAGCAGCCGAUCUUCAGCGCUCGAGCCCACGUUUUCCAAAUUGACCCGACGACGAAACGCAACUGGAUCCCAGCCAGCAAGCACGCCGUCACCGUCUCCUUCUUCUACGACAGCACCCGCAACGUAUACCGCAUCAUCAGCGUCGGAGGCACCAAGGCGAUUAUCAACAGCACCAUCACACCCAACAUGACGUUCACCAAAACCUCGCAGAAAUUUGGGCAGUGGGCUGACAGUCGAGCCAACACGGUCUACGGUCUGGGCUUCAACUCCGAGCUGCAGCUUGCACAGUUUGCAGAGAGGUUUCAAGAGGUGAAGGAAGCAGCCCGCUUGGCAAGAGAGAAAUCCCAGGAUAAAACCGAACUGACCAACCCAGCUCUGGAGAUUGCAGCCCCACAGGAACUGUCCAUUGAUCUACAUUCUCCGCCACUUCAGCUGGGCAGUGCGAAUGGGAGUGGAGUGCCGAAGCUCUACCACUCUGAGAGCUGUGAUGGAGAAAUGAUGCUGGACAGUGCCCGGCUCAGGGCUCUCUUCUCCCAGGGGUCCAUUUGCGAGCCACAGUGGGAGCUGGAGUUACUCUCUCUGCAGGAGAGUAACGGGAAGCUGGUGCAGGCGCUGCAUGAAUCAAACAUCACGGUCGAACAGUGGAAGAAACAGUUGGCUGCGUACAAAGAAGAGGCAGAGAAACUGCGGGACCGGGUCAUUGAGCUGGAGUCACAGGGUGUGGAGGACGUGACAGUUGUCUCGCAGAACACGGACCUCAACCAGUCGGUGGAGGAGCUCGAGACGUUGUUAAAGGAGAAAGAGGAGGAGAUCCAGUUAUUGAGGAGCCAAAAAUCUGAUGUGAAUGAGUUGGAAAGUGACCGAGAGGAAGCCCUGCUCCGACUGCAGGAGGUGGAGGGCCGGAACGUGGAGUUGGAGCAGCAGCUACAGGAUGUGGAGCAGACCCUGGUGGACUGCGUGAACGACCGAGAGAGGGUCCAGCACGACGCCCGCAAGUUGCUCGACAUCCUCGACGUCAAGCUGUACGAACUGAACGAUCUGCGCCAGGGUCUGGCUAAAAUCGCAGAGAAAGAGGAAAAGUCCUGAAUGGUGCGGCUGGAUUCUCGAUCCCUGCUACGCAGCCCUCUGCCCAUUGAUUUAACCCCGGCUCCCUUACUACCACCACCCUCCCUUCCGCUCCCUCGCUCCUAGUUCCAGAUAUUUCCCUCGGGGCUCAGCCAGCUGAAAGCCCAACAGCACCAACCUGUAAACAAACACUUGAUCCAAGUCUGGUUAAUGGAAAAUUAGCUCCUAGCUCUCAGCCCUGCACUAGUUCCAUCCCACUUCCUAAACACCCACCUGCACAAGUCCCUGCGACUCUUUCUGAGUUAUCCUUCAAUUUAUUUUUGAACUCGCUUUUAACCAGCCUGACCUCAGAACUAUUGAAAUGCUCCUUGUCUCUCCCCGAAUCACCCCCUCCCCAUCACCACAGUUCAGGAGGUGAGGCUAUCCCUCCCGUUCACGGGGAGGAGGGGGUUAAUCCAUCAGGAGAUUGGCCCGUGUUUGCAGGUAUUUGGAUGGAAGAGAAUUGAUCUCACACGAGUUCUGAGGAAGGUUGAAGAUUUGGCCGUUUGGAACAGCUAUGAGAAUAAAUGUCUUCACCCGGAUGUGAAUCUUUGGAAUCCACAACUCCAGAGGGAUUACAGGCUCGGCUUUUAAGAAUAUUGAAGGCUGAGAUUGAUAAGAAUUUUGGACGCCGAGGGCAUUUAAUGACGUAGGUUAAGUGGAAAAUCGUAGAUAAGGUAAAAGAUCAGAAUCUUAUUGAAUGAUAGGGUCGGAUUGAAGGGGGUUACAGGUAAAUGCCAUGCCUUGAUGA